GUUAGCCAAGACGAAAAGUGAAGGUGAGUAGAAAAUAAACGGAGUUUAGAUACUUUUUCUUCUAUACCUUCUGGAAGACUCUUCGACGCUCCAGCCUCACCAAGCUCUGAAUUUUGCCGAUGACACUAAUGACAGAUACCUUAAAUGCUUGAUUGACUGAAGAUCUUCCAGGGGCGGCUAAUGGCGCUUCAAAACUAACCAUCCAGAGCUCAAAACAAAAAACGGAUCUGCGCCUCAAAUCCCUGGGGUUCGACCUUUCCAGCGUGAGAAUUGUGGAAUCCGGUGAGGAGUUCCCCACCCUAAAUAGCCGACCAAACUAAUAAGAAUGGAUGAAGAAGAGGAUGUGGUAGCUGCAGUGGAACAAGUCUUGAAAGAACGGGCACACAAUUUCACAGAAGUUGUUCGCCAUGUGCAACUGAUCGAGACCUGCGGCACUUCAGGAGGCACCAUGGAAGCCAACAAUCUGCCCAGACUCAAUGCAGCUGCGCAGGAUUGUUUAUCUGCACUCCGAUCAGCACAAUUGAGGUUGGAUCUUCUUGCCCAACAGCAGCCCACAGAUCACCAGAUUGAUUCCUGCCAAAAUACUCUACAAGCGUGGAAGGACGAGUAUCAGAGCUUGCAGUUGAAAUUAAGGAAUGCAAAUUUAAAGGCCAAGGCAAAUAUUCAGAAAGCUGCCCAGGAAGAGAGAGAGCUUCUCUUGGGUGGUGGGGAGGAAUCUACCAUUCGGAGACGGAACUUAGAAACUAAGGCUGGAAUGACAGUGGCUGCUGAAAGCAUUACACAAGGUCUUCGGCGAGCUCGACAAAUGAUGGUUCAGGAGGUUGAGAGGGGUGCAAGUACUUUGGCUACAAUAGAUCAAUCCACUGGGACUCUCAUAAAAGCUGAAACUGAAUAUAAAGGACACCGCUCUUUACUGAUGAGCACUAGACACCUGCUCACAACUAUGCGACGACAGGAUAUCCUUGAUAGGAUAAUAAUGGGUGUUGGAUUUGUUUUCUUUUGCUUGGUCGUUUUAUACAUUUUCACCAAGCGUGUUGGGCUUUUGAAGUUACAGCGUAAAUUGUCUGCAUCAAUGAGAUCAGAUCAUCCAGAAAUAAAUCUAGCUUCAGACUAUCCACAGCAUGCUAACAGUCCAUAUUUUGUAAAGGAGAAUAUGAAAGUGACGAUUGGAACCUCUGAAAAAAUGGUUUCCAUGGAUGCAAGUCCCUCCUCUGCCCCAGCAUUUUUGGAUAGCAGUAUACAUCAGACCAGCGACUCCAAUCCUGUAAAUAGUGAUGUACAUAUAGAUAUUGAUGAUGGAAAGGAAACCAAAAUUCAUUUAACUUCCAGUGAUCCAUCCUUUCUUACAAAGAAUUCCCUACCCCAAACUCAUGAUGAACUUUGAUUUGCAAAAUAAUAAACUAUGUUGGAAUGGCAGCUUUAACAAGCCCACUCUUCAAGUUAUAUUUUCUGAACUCAAUGUAUUGGGAAGUGAAUCUAGUAAAAAGUUCCAUUGUUUUUGCUGUAA